AUGGUGUCAGAAGAGUCUUGCCAUUAUGAAAGUUAUGACCAGGAGGAAUCCGUGUUUCCUGUAGCAGGAAGGCGAUGGUCUGUGGCCAUUUUUUCCACAAGGAAAACCGAGAAAGGCGUGUUUGAUGACGUUUUGGGUGUUAAGUUAGAUAUGGAUAGCGAGCCAUGGCCUUCUACAUCAGACGCUGCAAAAGAUCUGAUCAGAAAAAUGCUUACUUAUGACCCUAAGGAACGGAUUACAGCUGCUGAGGCCCUUGAACAUCCAUGGUUGAAAGAAGGUGGUCAAGCAUCAGAAAAGCAUCCAGACAGUGCUGUUUUAAGUAGGAUGGAAAAGUUCAAAGCAAUGAACCAGAUGAAGAAGCUUGCAAUGAAGGUAAUAGCAGAAAAUCUUUCAGAGGAAGAAACAAAGGGCCCCAGACAAAUGUUCAACAAUAUGGAUACUGAUGGCAGUGGCACUAUCACAUUUGAAGAACUCAAAUCUGGAUUAUCCAGAUUGGGUUCCCUGCCUAGUGAAUCUGAAAUAAGGCAGCUAUUGAAUGCUAUUGGUAAUGACAAGAAUGGAACAAUUAACUAUUAUGAAUUCGUUGCUGCCACCAUGGAUCGACACAGACUGGAGAAGGGGGGGAGUUUGUUCAAGGCUUUUCAUUACUUUGACAAGGAUGACAAGGGGUUAGUCUUCAGUUCAUUAAUUUUAUAAGCUUU